AUGGAUUACUCUGCUGUAGAGCACCAGGACGGCUCAUCGCCCUGGGCGACCUCCCCUCAACGCAACCGACCCAGCUAUGGUCCGCGAACGAGCGAUAUACCACCGUCUCCGCUACCCCCUCAGUCGCCGUACUCGGAAAGCGAACCUAGGCAAGAGCGCGAACCGCUAUCGGAGAGCGGCACGACUGCAGGCGUAGGAGAGAACGGCGACGCGGAGCACAGGCAGCGAGAAUCUACCGCUCAAAUCAACCAGCCAGACUCUCCCCUGCAGCAGCGGUACAACCAGCAACAGUACCAACAACAACAACAGUCACCAUACGGCUCAGACAGCCACCGCCAUGAGCCGCAGCGCUACCAUCCCCCUCAACGGCCGCGCCAGAACAUCCCGCAGUACCGGCUGUCAGCCAAAGUCACCGGCCUGGAGCGGACAGGGCGCAAGGACCCGAUCCUGAGAUUUGAUGUAUAUGUACGGCACCUGAACAUCGCGUCGAUGAAGUACAUGAUACUGAGAAACUCAUCCACUAAACAGACUAACCUCCCCAAAUUCCGAACCACCCAAUUCCGUGACGUCAGGCGGCUACACUCCGAGUUCGUCAAGCUCGCCGACCAUCUUAUAUCGGCUAAUCCGGAAGCCUUUGUGCCUGCUGUGCCGCCACCGGUGACUUCGGCGGGUGUCGGGACCGACGAGGACGAGGCGAGGGUGAAGGCGGCGAUACAGCGCUGGUUGAACAGUGUCUGUGGGAACGAGGUCCUGAUGCGGGACGAGGAGAUGGUCUUUUUCGUCGAGAGUGAUUUUGGGUACAGUCCUGUGGUGAGACGUAAGCAGCCGGCAACGGGCGUACGGCGGAAGGUCAUCAAGCAGUUUGCGCCGCCGCCGGACGACACUCCAGAGUUACAGGAAGCUCGGCCCAUCGUCAAGCGCUUCUACCUGGGCACAAUGGAGGCAGGGCAGAAGGUGGACAAGGUUGUGAAGGCUAGGAGAGGUCUCGGUCUCGCCGAAUCCGACUUAGGCGUCAAACUUGCUACCAUGCACGCUCAGGAAACACACCCAGGCCUUAGCACCGCAUACCGCAAGCUCGGCAAAGUGAUUCAAGCAACCGGCGACUACCAUGCGGCACAAGGCACAGCCGAAGCCACCACCCUCGGCGACCCCCUCCAAUACCACUCCUCCGACGCCUUCAUCGUUAAAGAGACCCUCACGAACCGACACAUCCUCCUCCGCGAGUUGCUACAAGCCCAAUCCGCAACGCGCGCAAAGCUCUCUGCGGCCGAUAGACUAAAAGCUUCCUCCUCGGUCAAGCACGACAAAGUCAACGAGGCCAUCUCCGCCCUCGACGAAGCAAAGUCCCACGAAACGUACCUCAAGCAGAAAGCCGAGCGCGUCACCUCCAACCUCGUUCAGGAGCGCAGGAAGUGGUUCGCGCGGACGUCUGCCGACCUGCGCAACGCCAUCCGCGAGUAUGUGGUCCGUGAGAUCGAGGCCGAGCGCCGCACCCUUGCCAUCUUGGAAAGCGUGCGGCCGGACAUCCGCGCCAUAGAUGCGAGCGGUGGCCUGUCGAGGCUGGGACGGGAGGCGCAUCCCGCACAGCGGCGUGCUAGCCUGGCGAGCUCACAGGGGCCGAAGGGCGAUGCGUGGAGUGGGGUUCCGAGGCGGCCGGAUGGGCUGAAUAGGAGUAUCAGUGGCAGUUUCGUGGCCCCAACGCUGCCUGAGGAAGAAGAAGGAGAGGGAGAUGGAGGUGCGAAGGGAAGGAAGAGGGCGGUUAGCGGGGCGGGGAGUUUAGGCGGGGUGGCGGAGGAGGAUGACGAUAGGGUGGAUGCCAGGAAUGCGGCGUCGAGGUUGGCUACGACCACUUUCUAG